AUGACACUACGGCUUCCUGAAGAUAUCCUCAAAGAGAUUUUUGAGAACUUUGAAGAUGAAACCGGCUCACUUUUUUCUUCCUUAUUGGUUAAUCGACUUUGGUGUUUAAAUGUCAUACCAAUUUUGUGGAAGAAUCCGUUGAAAAAUCAGUUCAAAAAAGCUAGUGAGAAUUUAUUAACUUGUCAACAUCGUUGUACACUGCUUUUACGCACUCUGCUUUCUUGUUUAUCAGAUGAAUCAAGAGGCUUGCUAUCCGAAAAUAGACUUGAGUUACCAUUCCAAAUAUCUCAACGCGCUCUUUUUGAUUAUCCAAUGCAUUGCAAAAAUUUAAGAACUUCUGAUGUUAGUAUGCUCGUAUGGAGUGCUGUGGAAAGAAAACAAAUAAGUGAUCAACGUGGAAAAUUUUUAUUCUUCGUUUUGGAACAAGAACUUUAUAAACUUUUCUUCUCUCGAAGUUCCGCCAUCCAACAAUUUACACUUUGUUCGAUGUUGCAUUCGAUUCAACUUUUUUCUGGUGCAACUAGUUCUUUAGCAAAUUUAUCUGUACUAAGAUGCAGCACAGAGAGUCAUGAAUCUUUCUUUUUUGGAUUGGCUCAAAUUUGCGAAAGGAUCAAGGUUAUUAUUGUUGAUUUUUGUGAUAAAGACAAUGAUGGUUUGAAUUUCCUAAUUUGCGUUCAGAAUGGUGUGAACUGUUUUGAAUGUAAACAUGGGAGCAUUCAUGGCCAAGAAGAUCAAUGCCCUAACCUUAAUAUUGCCUUACAAACACAAGCACAUUCCUUAAAGAAACUUGAUAUCAUAGACAAUAUGGGAGGAAUUUUGUUGAACACUAUAUGUUCGUUUUCCAACUUGCGUUGUCUAAAGUUUGCAAUCUCAGAUGGAACAUCCGAUGUUGUCAUCAAUAAUUUGAGGAACGCCGAGAUUCCUAAUUUAGAAACUUUAGAAGUUCGUGGAGAACCAAUUUCGGUAAACAUUUUAUCAUCUUUAAUCAAAAACACACGAGGCAAUUUCCAAAAACUCCAUUUAUGUGGAUGGCGACCAAGUGUUGAUGAUAAUCUUGGUAUUCUUUUACCUAUCAUGAGAAAACAUUGUCCAAGGUUAAGGUCACUAAGCACCUGGAUUGGAGAAGACGAUUUGAUAAAUCUUGAACUCUUACUGAGUUCUUGUCGUGAACUGGAAAGCAUCUUUUUGCGUGUAUAUUCUAAUGAGCUUAUGUCACGAUAUGGGAUCUUUAAUUUGCUUAAACGAAUUAAUCCGAAAAAUUUGCGCAAGUUGAAGUUGGAGCAUUUAUUUUUAUUAGAUGAAGAAGAAGGACUCGAAAUGUUUCUAAAAAGUCGGUCAAUCAAAAUGCCAUUGAUUUUAGAGAUUGUUGGAAAUCUAAUUUCGCAAGAUUCAUCAGAGAUCAUUUCGACUUAUAGAUUUAAUGGAGUGUUGAAAGAUGCAAAAUUGUUAUGCUUCGGCGAAGAUUCCGCACCAGACCAACAAACUCCGCAUUGGAAAAUUGAU